CACACAGAGGCGACAACUGAUGCUGACCGCUCAUAAACUUGCGUUUAAAGCGACAUGUUCUUCAUAGCACAUGUAUCUCGGACUUUGAUAUUAGCAGCAGUCAAACACGUGAGAGUGUAAAAGACAGUUUUUCGUUGUUGAGUGUUGCAGAUGGAGCCGGGUUACCCCCACUGUACUCAGGGUUACAGUGGCCAGGUACACGGAACUGGGGCAAUAGCUAUUUAGUUUUACGAGGAUGGCUGCAGCCUGUCGGGAUUUGUGCACAUUAAUUUUACCUUUUUGCACAGCGCCAGUGAUUUCUGCGCCACCACUUUGCCUUUUUUCUUAAAUUUUCAACCAGACACAGGAUGGGAAAGGACUUACUUUCACUAAUUUCGACUAAAGGCUGACUGUGUGAUGGAGCAGUGAUGAAGGUUAACCGUUGGGGAAACAUGCUUCCUCUACCCCGCUUCUCCCCUCUUUACCACUUUAUGUGCUUUUUCUUCCUCCUGUUCUUUUUUUCUUCAACCGGUGCUCAAUUCCUACCAGAACUACGGGCAGGACAAGGCCUGCUGCUCUUCACCCAGCCCACCUAUAUUGCCUCCAUCUUUGAGAACUCUGCAACAAGAACCUACGCCAGAAGCGAGGUGAAAAUGGGCAUCAUUCUUGCUCCACCUCGAACUUUAGACAUAAAAUAUUCCAUUGUGUCUGGAGACAAUGAGGGAAUCUUCCAGACUGAGGAGUUCGUAAUAGGAGAUUUUUGUUUCCUCCGUAUUCGCACUAACGGAGGCAGCGGUGCCACAUUGAAUCGGGAAGUACAGGACAAUUACACGCUGACAGUGAAAGCCUCUGCCCACGGAGGUCUAGAGGCCUUAGCAACAGUUUAUAUCAACGUGUUGGAUACCAAUGAUCUCCGACCGCUUUUCUCCCCAACCUCUUAUUCAUUUGUUGUCCCUGAGAGUGCGCCUCUGGGUGCCAGCGUUGGACGCGUCACAGCCACGGAUGCCGAUGCAGGCUCCAAUGGAGAGUUCUACUACUUCUUGAAGAACAAAGUUGAACUCUUUUCCGUUCAUCCGACCAGCGGGGUCAUCACCCUGACGGGUAGGCCCAGAAUGGACAAACAAGACCGAUUUGAGCUGGAGGUGCAGGUGGUUGACAGAGGGAUGAAACUCUAUGGAGAUGCUGGUAUCAGCAGCACCGCGAGGCUGGUUCUGACUGUGCAACGAGUUAACAUAUUCGCUCCUGUUCUCAGUGCAGUCGCAGUCAUUCCAUCAGGGACCGACAAGGACCCAAUCUAUGUUAUAGUGACUGUGGAGGAUAAAGACGAAGGGGUUUCUGGGGAUAUUGAGUGGGUGUCUAUUAUCGAGGGAGACCCCUUGGAACAGUUUGUGGUUGAUCGAUCGCCUGUUGGGAAUGAGUACAGGGUUAAAACAGCAGAGUUUGUCGACUGGGAUACGUUCCCCUAUGGCUGUAACCUAACCCUCCAGGCCAAAGACCGGGGUAUACCUGCCAAGCUUUCCAACACCCAAGUUGUUCAGUUGCUGGUUAAAAAGCCAGACCUAGUGCUGGCAAAUUUUGAGAAAGAUGUAUAUGCAGUCAAGCUGAGUGAAAUAGCUCCCCCAGGCACUUUUGUAGAGGUGGUGAAAGUCUCCCCAGCUUCUUUGAGUGUCAAUUACAGCUUCAGCAACAUCUCAAACCCAGUGUACUUUGAUAUAAACCCUUUGACUGGAGUUAUUAUGACCACCAGACAUCUGACAGGAAUUUCACUGGAUUUUAUAGAGCUGGAGGUGGUUGAUACUAUCAACCAGCAGCGAGCCAGGGUCCAAAUCACCAUAGAGGAUGCAAAUGACAACUCUCCAGUUUUUGACAAGCCAUUCUACGAUAUUGCAAUCAACGAGAGUUUACCUGUAGGCACUGUUAUUCUUGUGGUGUCUGCUGUGGAUUAUGAUAAAGGGGAGAACGGGUAUGUAACACAUACAAUCAGUGGAGAGCUUCCAUUUAUCAUAGACCAAGGCUCAGGUGAGUUGAGAAUCACAAGAGACCUGGACUAUGAGUCAUCAGAGGAUAUUUAUACUUUUACAGUGCGGGCAUCUGAUUGGGGUUCACCCUAUAGAAGAGAGAGCGAGGUUAAUGUUACUCUUCGUCUGAUAAAUAUCAAUGACAAUCAGCCUCUUUUUGAGAGUGUCUCAUGCAGGGGCAUGAUAAGCCGGGAUUUCCCCAUCAGUCAGACUAUUGUCACGUUGUCAGCCGUAGAUAUGGACGAGCUCGGAAUCGUGCAGUAUAAAAUACUGUCUGGCAACGAGUUAGACUAUUUUCACAUGAAUCCAGAUUCAGGAGCUUUGUCGCUGAAACGAUCCCUGGCAGUGGAAAAUUCAAAGAAUGGGAUAUUCAACCUGAAAUUGAUCGCGACAGACGGAGAGCUGUUCUCUGAUCCGACAUUUGUGAAUGUAUCGGUGGUGAGGGGCAGGAUGCCACCCAGAGGGUUCAACUGCAAGGAGACCAGGGUCGCUCAGCUGCUGGCUGAGAAAAUGCUCUCAAAAGUGUCUGCCAUGGCUAAACCAAGACCAGAUGAGAGAAAUACAGACAUUUUCUCUGUGAACAAACAAGCUCCACAGUUCGAGGCUUUGCCUACUAGCAUUCUAGUGAGAGAGGACCUCGCUGUUGGUGCCAGUGUAUUCCAGGUGCGAGCACGAGAUGGUGACACAGGCUUCAAUGGCCGCCUUCUCUUCUCCAUAUCUGAUGGCAACAAAGAAAACUACUUCAACAUCAACAUGGAGACUGGGUUGAUCACCGUAUUGCGGCCACUUGACCGUGAGCAGUUGGAUCGUUACUUCCUAAAUAUCACCAUUUAUGACCAGGGCAUACCUCAGAUGUCCACUUGGAGACUGCUCACUAUAAUUAUUGAGGAUGCCAAUGACAAUGACCCCCAGUUUUAUGAGGACAGCUACUCAGCUCUUGUUUUAGAAAACGCAGCCAUUGGCGUGGAAGUAAUCACAAUCACUGCAUUCGACAGUGACACGGGUCAGAACGGACAGCUGUCCUAUACAAUGUUGACCCCGGUCCCUCAGUUUGGUAUUGACAGUGAAUCAGGAAGUGUGUUUGUUGCGAGCCACUUGGACAGAGAAACAAUCCCAAUGUUCACACUGAAGGUUGAAGUGAGAGACAAGGCAGAGAGAGGCACUCGAAGGUCAUCGGUGACAACUCUAAAUAUAAUUGUGAAUGAUGUCAAUGAUUGUGCCCCAGCUUUCAUUCCAAGCAGUUACAGUACACGGGUACUAGAGGACCUCCCAUUGCAGACUGUGAUCACCUGGGUACAGGCUCAGGACCCAGACGUCGGCUCUGGUGGACAGAUCCGAUACUCCUUGAUUAAUGACUUCAAUGGCACUUUUGAGAUCAGUGCUGUGAGCGGCUUCUUGAGGAUCACAAAGGAACUGGACUUUGAGAAACAACAGUUAUACAACCUGACAUUGCUUGCCGAGGACAGGGGAUUACCCAGCCUCAGAAGUCAGACUUUUGUGGAGGUGGAGGUGCUGGAUGUCAAUGAGAAUCUGUAUGCGCCUUAUUUCCCCGACUUUGCUGUGAGAAGCUCGGUGAAGGAGAACUCUCGCGUGGGCACAAGUGUCCUUACAGUCAGCGCAAAGGACGAUGACAAGGGUCGCGACGGUGCAUUGAGGUACUCUGUCAGAGGAGGCAGCGGACUCGGCACUUUCACCAUUGACGAAGACACAGGUGUGAUUUACACUGCUGGCAUCCUGGACUGUGAGAUCAAAGACUCUUAUUGGCUUACGGUCCAUGCCACAGACAAAGGGGUGACACCGCUCUCGGCCUCGAUAGACGUCUUCAUCCAGGUGGAGGACGUCAAUGACAACGCUCCCCUCACCUCCGAUCCCAUCUACCACCCUGUCGUAAUGGAGAACUCUCCAAAGGAUGUGUCCGUCAUCCGUAUCCAGGCGCAGGACCCCGACCUCACCGCCACGCCCAGUCGCCUGACGUAUCGCAUCACCGCUGGCAACCCGCAGAAUUUCUUCUCCAUCAACCCCAAAACAGGGCUCAUCACAACCACGGCGAGGAAACUGGACAGAGAACAUCAGGCAGAGCACUUCUUAGAGGUGACAGUCAUAGAUGGCCCAGUGACCACGCGCCAGUCGACCGUGUGGGUCGUAGUUCACGUCGAGGACCAGAACGACAACCCGCCGACCUUCCCGGAGGUCACGUACCGCAUCAGCUUGCCAGAGCGGGACCGCAACAAGCGCGGCGAACCCGUGUACCGCGUCUUCGCUUACGACCGCGACUCGGGCGCCAACGGCAACGUCACCUACAGCAUCGUGGACGGCAAUGGCGACGAGAAGUUCGUCAUUGACCCCAGGACAGGGAUGGUGUCAUCAAAGAAGAUGGUGACGGCGGGAAGCUACGAUCUCCUCACUAUAAAGGCAGAGGACUGCGGCGAACCUCCGUUAUGGUCAACCGUCAAGCUCCAUGUGGAGUGGAUACGCAAACCCGUCCCGUCGCCUCUGCCCCUAGCGUUCACCCAGAGGUACUACAAUUUCUCCAUUUCGGAGACGGCUGCCGUCGCUCAGCCGGUGGGAGUGGUCGCGGUCAGCCAGUCGAGCACGCCUGUCUGGUUCAAUAUCAUUGGUGGACGCCUCGCCAGAGAAAUGUUCUACAUUCCGCAAAAUGCAUGCGGACGAAACUGCUCACUUGACACAGGGAGCUUUGACAUGCAGUUUGACCUUCAAGUAGGUGUGGGUACGCUCGUCGUGGCCAAGCCCCUGGAUGCGGAAAUGCAGUCUGUAUACAACAUGACUAUUCAGGUGACAGAUGGGACCAACUUUGCGACGGCUCAGGUGUUCAUCCGCAUACAGGACAGCAACGACAACCCUCCGGUUUUCUCGCAGGCCGCCUACGACGUCAGCGUCUCGGAGGACGUGCCGGUCGACGUGGAGCUGCUGCGGGUUCGAGCGUCCGACGUGGACGAGCGCUCCCGCUUGAGCUUCACCAUCUACAGCAGUGUGGACCCAGCCAGCAUGAGACUGUUCAGGGUCAACCCAGGUACCGGCGUGGUCUACACUGCGGACAGGCUGGACUAUGAAGCCAGAACACAGCACAUCCUCACUAUCAUGGUCAAGGAUCAGGAAUUUCCAUUUAACCGUGACCUGGCUCGCAUCCUGGUCGCGGUGGAGGACUCCAAUGAUAACAUACCAUACUUCACCAGCACCGUAUACGACGCAGUGGCCUAUGAGUCUUCUCCCGUGGGAACGUCUGUGCUGCAAGUGACGGCCUUAGACAAAGACAAUGGGAUUAAUGGGCAGCUAAUGUACACCAUUGAAGCAGGUAACACCGGCGGUGUGUUUGGCAUCGAUAAUGCCACGGGCCUUAUCUUCACUUCCAGAGACUUGGAUCUCACCCGUGUGGGCUUUUACACCCUCACUGUUCGUGUCACAGACAGCGGGUUUCCUCCAUUAAUGGCCACGGCUUCGGUCCGCGUGUCCCUGAUCCUCUCGGAGUUUUCCACGCCUACAUUUUCCCAGAGGGAGUAUCAGGCUGAGAUAACGGAGAACUGCACCAUUGGGACGUACGUGGCGACCGUCGGCGCCCUCAGCCGCUCAGCGGUCAUCUACGAGAUCAGCCGGGGCGACGAGGAGAACUGCUUCAUUAUUAACCAUCACACUGGCGUAAUCAGCACACGCAAGCCACUUGACUUUGAGCAAACAGCCUCCUACUUUCUGGUGGUGCAGGCCCUGAGCAUGGCCGGACUGGAGGCCAGCGCCACUGUCGUCGUCCAGGUGGGCGAUGUCAACGAUAACCCCCCUGUCUUCAAACAAAUCAGGUACGUGGGUGAAAUCAGUGAGGCCGCUCCGGUCAACAGUGUGGUGCUGGGAGGAGACGGGAGCCCUUUAGUCAUCCAAGCGACCGAUGCAGACCGCAAUCACAACGCCCUGCUACGGUUCCAUAUCAUAGACGACACCGCCCGCAUGUUCUUCAGCGUGGACUCCGGGACCGGAUCGAUCCGAACAAUUGCCAGUUUGGACUACGAGACAUUUCCUGAGUUCGUCUUCCGGGUUCACGUUCGAGACAGCGGUCAGCCUGUGAGGACUGCAGACAGCCCAGCUGUGGUGGUUUUAAAGGUGAUCAACAUCAACGACUCCCCUCCCACGUUUUCUCAGGACUCGUAUGAAGCGGUCCUCCUCCUGCCCACCUACACGGGAGUAGAGGUCAUUAGGGUCGACGCUUUUGACCCCGACUCUGAGAAGUCGCCCGCGCCAAAGCUGCUUUACUCUCUCGUGGAUACCAACGCGGAGUUCUUCUCUGUGGAGCGCCACACCGGAGUCGUGACCGUCAUCAGCCCCAACCUCAGUAAAGACACUUACCGCUUUAAUGUGAAGGUAUGGGAUGGUCGUUUCUCCAGCAUGGCAUCGGUGACUGUACUUGUCCGAGAAACCAUCGACAGCGGCCUCCUCUUCACCCUCCCGGUCUAUUCCGCCUCCGUCCCAGAGAACGCACCCGACGUCGCCAUGGUGACAGUCGUGAACACGGUCGGCCAUCGCCUCAACGAGCCGCUCAAGUACACUCUGCUGAACCCCGGCGGGCGCUUCAUCAUACGGCCGACGUGCGGAGUGGUGCUCACCACCGGCGUGCCUUUCGACCGAGAGGAGAGGGAGAGCUACGAGCUGGUGGUGGAGGUCAACAGGGAAGAUGAGAUCCUCAGAGUGGCCAGGGUGAUGGUGCAAGUGCAGGUGGAGGAUGCCAACGACAAUGCUCCAGAGUUUGUGAACCUCCCCUACUACGCUGCAGUGCAGGUGGAAGCAGAGCCAGGAUCGGAUAUAUUCAGGGUGUCGGCCAUGGACAGGGACGACGGUGUGAAUGGAGAAGUGACGUACAGCCUCAAAGAGCAGCACCGGAACUUUCAGGUGAACCGUGUGACAGGAGAGCUGAGCUUAAAGAGGACCUUUGAGGCAGAUUUAUCCAACGCCGAGUACAAGCUGGUCGUCGUGGCCACCGACGGCGGCCUCCCGCCUCUGUCCAGCGAGGUGGAGCUGCCCGUGACCGUCGUCAACAAGGCCAUGCCGGUGUUCGACAAGCCCUUCUACGGCGUCACGGUCAAAGAGGACGUGGCCGUCUCCACGUCGGUCCUCUGCAUCAACGCCACCGGCCCCGAAGGCCAGAGCGUCAUCUUCAGUAUCAGCGACGGGGACUUUUCCCUGCAGUUCGACAUCGGCUUCGACACGGGCGUCAUCAGCGUGGUCUACCCGCUGGACUACGAGACCACGCAGUACUACCGGCUCACGGUGAAGGCCACUGACACGCUGACGGGGGCGGCGUCCGAGGUCGACGUGGACGUCGUCGUGCUGGACGUGAACGACAACGCGCCUCUGUUCCGGAACAAUUCGUACUCCGCCGUGCUUCCUGAGAACUCUAUGAUUGGGACAACAGUGUUGCAGGUGUUUUCUCAGGACCAAGACUCGGAGAAAAACGCCGUGGCGAGCUACCAGAUCCUGUCUGACAUCUACAACAGCAGCGAUUACUUCCACAUUGACAGCAACAGCGGGCUGAUAUUCACGGCACGCCUGCUCGACUACGAGCUCGCCCACCGCUACAACUUCAUCGUCAGGGCGACGGACAGUGGCGACCCGGCGCUCGGCAGCGACGUUAGUGUGACUGUGACCGUCACCGACACCAACGACAAUCCACCUCAUUUCAGCCAGGCCUUGUACGAGGCCUUUGUCAGCGAGCUCGCUCCCCGCGGACACUUUGUGACUUGUGUUCAGGCGUCGGAUGCUGACACCUGUGAUGCUCAGAGGCUGAGGUACAGCAUUCUCUCCGGGAAUGAGCGGAUGACUUUUAUGAUGCAGUCGGAUACAGGAGUGCUGAGUCUGUCUAAUAAGAGGAGACAAGGCAUGAAAGUGGCGUAUCAGCUCAACGUGUCUGUGUCAGACGGAGUCUUCACUAACACCGCUCAGGUGAUCGUUCGUGUCCUGGGAGCAAACCUGUACAGCCCAGUGUUCAGUCAGAGGUUCUACUUGGCUGAGGUCCAAGAAAAUGCCCCUCCGGGGUCAAAGGUCGUCCAGGUGCGUGCAACAGACGAGGAUUCCGGCUUGUUCGGCCAGAUCAUGUAUUCCUUCAUCAACGACCUGGGGAAAACUCAGUUUGCAAUCGACGCGGACGGAGUCAUAUCCACUCUUCAGAAUUUAGACCGCGAAAAUCCCUCGAACAAGGACAUGGUGCUGACUGUUAUGGCUCUGGAUGGUGGAGGUCGCGCAUCAUUCUGCACGGUGCGAGUGGUUCUCGGAGAUGAAAACGACAACGCCCCGCGGUUCCGAGCAGUGGAAUAUCGCAUGAGUAUAAAAGCGAACGUAGCCAAAGGUUCUCUGGUCACGCAGAUCCAAGCCACAGACCCCGAUGCUGGAGCUAAUGGAAGAAUCACCUACUCCCUUUAUAGUGAGGCACGCUUGUCCCUGGUGGAUGUGCUGGAGGUGGAGCCAGACAGCGGCUGGAUGAUGACCAAAAGCACCGUGGACCACCUCCAGGGGACCGUGCUGUCCUUCUUCGUCAAAGCCACAGACUGCGGCUCGCCCCCCAAACACUCCCUGGUGUCGGCCUUCAUCCACGUCGUCCCCCCCGAUGCGUCCGUCCCCUCCUUCAGCCAGCCUCAGUACUCCUUCACCAUCCCUGAGGACACGGCGGUAGGAACGCCCCUGGGCUCCGUGUACGUGGGCCCGGGACAGACCGGCCUCUUCACUGCGGUGGCGGGGCAGACGCCCGACAGUAACGAGGGCGGGACUUUUGAUGUGGACGGCGAGACGGGUCUGAUCCGCCUGGUCAAGCCGCUUGACUACGAGGAGGUCAGCAUCUUCCGCUUCAAGGUGGCAGCGACAACAAGAAGAGACCUGAUUGAGUCCGUGUCCACCGUCGACCUGGAGGUUAAGAUCCUGGACGUGAACGACAACAGGCCCGCGUUCGAGACCAACACGUAUGUCGCGACGGUGAUGGAGGGCAUGCCUGUGGGGACAAGAGUGGUUCAAGUGCGUGCCAUUGAUCCAGACUGGGGCUCCAACGGACAGGUAACCUACAGACUCGGGCCGCUGCUGACCCACAACUUGGACUCGACGAGGGACGUGAGCUCGUCCACUGGUCCCAUCACGACCAGUUCUGUCUUCGCCAUUGACAGUAAAACGGGCUGGAUCACUACGGCGACUCAGAUGGACCACGAAACCUCCUCCGGCUACAGCUUUGAAGUGGUGGCAGCGGACCUGGGGGAGUCCCAGUCGCUCUCCUCCACCACGGCGGUGACCAUCGCUGUGUCCGACGUCAACGACAACCCGCCACGGUUCGAGAGAGAGCUGUACCGCGGCGCGGUCAAAGAGAGCGACCCCCUCGGCGAGGUGGUGGCUCUUCUGAAGACCCGAGAUCGAGACGGCACCGACCAGAACCGUCAAGUCAGCUUUUACAUCACGGGAGGAAACCCGCGGGGCGUGUUUGGCCUGGCCCUCGUGCAGGGGGAGUGGAAGGUUUAUGUGAGCGGUUUACUGGACCGUGAGCAGCAGGACUGGUAUCUGCUCAACAUCACUGCCACUGAUGGCCUUUAUGUUGCUCGCACUGCGGUGGAAGUUACCGUGAUGGAUGCCAACGACAACAGUCCCAUCUGCAACCAGGCCGUGUACAGUGCCUCGUUCCCCGAGGACAUUCCCUCCAACAAGGGCAUUCUGACAGUGGGAGCAACAGAUGCUGACUCAGGCUCCAGUGCUGAGAUUCAAUAUUCACUCUUUGGUAUCGGGGUGGAAGAUUUCUACAUGGAUGCAAACACCGGGGAGCUGCGUACGGCCACGGCCAUGGACCGAGAAAUGACACCGGCCUACAGACUCAUCGCUCAGGCGACUGACGGAGGCGGACUCUUCUGCCGCUCUGACAUUUCCCUCCAAGUGCUGGACGUGAAUGACAAUGCCCCCUUGUUCUCCUCCACUCAUUACCUGGCCAGUGUGUUCGAGAACGCGGCGCCAAAGGCUUUGCUCACCCGCCUGCAGGCCGGCGACCCCGAUGAAGGUCUGAACCGCACAGUGGUUUAUUCUCUGGUGGAUUCAGUGGGUGGAUUAUUCUCCAUCGACCCGUCUUCUGGGAUGGUCAGACUGGAGAGAUCUCUGGACAGGGAGAGCCAAGACUCUUAUCGUGUUCGCGUUCAAGCCACUGACCAAGCUGGCCAACAGGGGGCACUGUCCUCACAGGCUGAUUUGACCAUUCUGGUCCUGGAUGUGAAUGACAACGCUCCAGUCUUCCAGCGGCGGGACUACGUCGCCACGGUCCCCGAGGAUGUCGCCGUGGGGACCGAGGUGCUGCGAGUCCUGGCGACGAGCGCAGACAUCGGCCUGAAUGCCGAGAUCACUUACCGAAUUCGGUCGGGCAACGAGUUACGAAAGUUCACCGUUGACAGAAACCUGGGCUCCAUUUCUGUGGCUGAUGAUUUGGACUUUGAGGUGUGUAAGGACUAUUACCUCACCGUUGAGGCCUGGGACAGCGGGAACCCUCCCCUCAGCACUGCUACCAUGGUAACCAUCGAACUAAUGGAUGUCAACGACAACGCCCCGGCCUUUAGUCAAGACAUCUACAAUGUCCUCGUCAGUGAGGACGCGUCUGUGGGACAAACAAUUACAAGGGUUUUGGCAGAAGACCUGGACAGUCAGGUAAACGGGCGAAUCACCUACUCUAUCAUGAAAGGCGACCGCAGCAACCACUUCUGGAUCGACCCCGUAACGGGACUGCUCAAAGUCAAUAAGCGGCUUGACAGAGAACUGGUGCCCAGGUACUCUCUGUCGGUGCAGGCGUUUGACAGCGGCUCGCCUGCCAUGUCGUCCACCGUCACUGUGAACAUCGACGUCUCCGACAUUAACGACAACGCCCCCGUUUUCAACCCUGCCAACGCCACGGUCGUCAUACCGCUAAAUCAGGCGACUGGCACCACACUGCUGAAGCUGUCCGUCAGUGAUAAAGACUCCCCAAGAAACGGUGCCCCCUUUGAGUUUCGCAUUGUGUCGGGAAACGAGGGGAGCUUCCUCUCGCUGGACCAGACGGGGACCCUGAGGACCAACCGCGUAAUUGGCCCUGAAGCGCCAAGAGAGUUCGUUCUGGAAAUCCAGGCGACCGACUCUGGAAAACCAAGUCUCACUUCUUCCUCCUGGGUAUUUCUGAGGGUCAUCGGGAACAGCCAAUACAAACCCACCGUCUCCCCUCUGGAAAUCUUCAUUGUCAUGGCGACGGACACUUUCCAGGGCGGCCCGAUCGGCCGCAUAUACGCGACCGACCGCGACCCCAGCGAUGCUCUGUCGUUCACGCAGAAGCCUCAGCCCAAGAGCAUGUUCACGAUCAACAGACAGGACGGCAGCAUUGUGGCUCUGCCGGGCCUGGAACCUGGCAGAUACCAGAUGAACGCCACGGUGAGCGACGGACGCUUCGCUGUGAUAGCCGAUGUCUCGGUCCAGGUGGAACAGGUGACGGAUGUCCUGCUGCGCAGCGCCCUGAGCUUACGGAUACGAUCUCUGUCCCCCGAGGACCUGCUCGGACGUUACCUGAGCCAGAUCAAACUCACGCUGCGUGGACUGACGGGUUGGAAAUGGUCACCAGGACAAACGGAUCCCCUGCACAUACUCAGUGUACAGCCAGUGAGGGGAACAGCUGACGUGGACUUGCUUUUGGCCGUGGAGCGGCCGGAGUUGUCCGGCGUCGAACGGAUGGACGUCUUUUACGCCCAGCAGGAGAUAUCUGCUCUGUUGGAGGAGGCAGUAGCGCGGGGCCGGGUUCGCGGCAUCCUCGCCGGGGCGGUGGUGAUGAGCAGGGCCUGCUCCGGGGAGCUGGACUGUGGGGACAGAGUGUGUGAGCAGACACUGGUCAUGGACAGGGACUCGCCCGUGACCUACAGCACAGAGAGGGUCAGUCUGGUGUCGCCGAGGUUCAGCCGCACUGAGACCUGCACCUGUCCAGGAGGUGCAUGUCCGACCCCUCUCGAGCUCUGUGAAGGUCAGUCCUGUCCAGCAGACAUGCAGUGUGUCCGCUCUGGUCCUACAGCACCAUCUGUCUGCCAGUGUCAGCCAGAGAGACUGGACGAGUGUGCAGGUCAAACCUCUCUGAGCUUCUCUGGUAACAGUUACAUCAAGUACAGAGUGACAGAGAGCGGCCAGAGUGGUGAGAUGAGACUCGGCCUGAGGAUUCGAACCCUUCAGAGACGAGGCGUCAUCAUGUUCACGCGGGUUAACCCCUGUACCAUGCUCAAAAUUGAAGGGGGUCGACUCUGGUUCCAGCUGGACUGUGACAACACACUCGGCAUUAUGGGUAUCUCUGGCAGACCAAUAAACGACGGCCUCUGGCACGCCGUCGCCUUGGAGCUGACGAGGAACUACACCCUCCUGUCGCUGGACGACAGCUACGUGGAGCGCCGCCGAGCGGCCCGAGCACCUGUUCGGCUCUGGCCCCUCGCCCCGGACUCGUCUUUUUUCUUCGGCGCCCAAGUGAGGCCACCAAGCGUGCAGGGCGAGAUGCCAAGUCCGGUGCCGGGGAGGAUCCAGGCCGGGACGGGACCACCGAGAGCCCAGGACGGCUUCCAGGGCUGCCUGGGCUCGCUAAUGCUGAAUGGUAAUGAGCUCCCGCUCCAGAACAAGAGGAGCCGUUACGCUGAGAUCGCCGGGCUGAGUGAGGUCAAGUUGGGCUGCAUGCUUUAUCCAGACCCGUGCAUCAGCCAGCCAUGCCUCAAUGGCGCCAUCUGCAGCAGCUUGCCCUCUGGAGGCUUCCUGUGCAGUUGCAGCGCCGGCUUCACAGGAGGGCGCUGCGAAGUCGAGUUGACGUCCUGCAUGCCCAAUCCCUGCCUGAGCGGCGGAGACUGCAGCCCCGUCGGCAGCACAUUCCUCUGUGGCUGUCCCAGAGGACUCGGGGGACUUAUAUGUGAUGAGGACAUUAACGAGUGCGACCAGGACGGAGGCGGGUGCGGCGGCGGAGGCGAGUGCGUCAACACGCUGGGGUCGUUCUACUGCAACUGCUCCGAAGGUUACGACGGGCAGUUUUGUGGCGAUCAGAUACACGGCGAUCUCGGGGACGACACCCAGGCAGAGCCACUAUCUUACGUGGGACCAGGGGAGAUCAUUGGCAUCGGGGUCCUUGCCUUCGUCAUCAUCCUCCUCCUCAUACUGUUCGUCGCUUUCAGGAAAAAAAUCAAGUUCCGCAAAAACUCGGACUCAGGUCCGGGGCCCCAAACUGUGAUGGGCGUCUCGGCCAUUUCCACCGAAACCAGCUACAUGCUGCACAAGACCGGCAUGGGGGUUGAAGGGAUCGAGUUUAAAGCCGUGCGCGUGUCGGGAGGAUCGCCUGGGACCACGAGCACCUAUGGCGAAGUGGGCAGCAGCACCGCAGGCCCCCCUCAGGUCGUGGUGCGUCCCACUUCCCACUCUCCUCUGCCAGGAGGAUUUAACAGCCUGGGCAUGAGGAAUGGAGAUGGCGACAAGGCAAUUUCCGGCGAGGGAAGUCAGUUCGGCAGCUUCCUCUCCGACCCGUCCAACGUCCGCGGCCUGGCCAGUAGGAGGGGCAUCGCCGUGUGCAGCGUGGCGCCCAACCUCCCUUUGGCGUCGGCCUGCCGCUCAGAGCACAGUCCGGCCCACAAAGUGUCCUGGGAGGGCGAGGAAGCGAGGGAGGGCGGGCUGGAGAGGGUGAGGGAUGAGAGAGAGGAGGAAUGGGGGCAGAGAGCUUUUGAGCUGGAGAGAACACAGAGAGAUAACAGUCCACAGGGAGACGCCGUGGACUGUCUCUCUGACUCCACUCCUGAGGGGAACUCCCUCAGCUCCUUCACAUCUGAGUCCUUUGAUGACAACGCUUCCAUAGUGACCGUCAUUCGCCUCGUCAAUGACGCCGUUGAUGAUAUUGAAAGUGAAGUGUCAAACAUGGACAAAGAACAGCAGCUAAAAAGCCCUGCAUACCUGUGGGAGUCUUCCAGCCAGACUUCCAGCUGGUUGUCACCGUCGCGCCUGCGUCCACCAGAGUUGGGAUCCCAUUACGACCUCAGUGACACGGAGCAGAGCAUCAGACGAGGAGGCAGCACGCGCUCCCUCCAGCUGGACUACAGAGUUCUGGGCUACGGCAGCCGAGAGCGGGCGCGCGAGAGCGGGGGAAAGAGGGCCUUCCAGUGGGAGCGGAAUCAGUCGGGUGAGUGGGAGAGGAGACGCAUCCUGGACAGGGAAGACAAGAGGAGGCAGGAAGGGGUGGGAAGGAGCGCAGGCGACAGUAGCAGAGACCUUCAGCAGUUGCACAGCCGUGACAGCUGCGAGGACAGCUCCUCGCCCGUUUAUGAGGAAUACCAAGGGUGCAGCCAUGACGCAGAGCAGAGAGGAGGAACCGAGAGCCUUUACGACACUCUGCCCCCAACCAGACGGGCCUACGAAGGGUACCCGUCGAGCCCCGCGGGCCUCAAUCUGCAUCCAGCUCAACUUCUGCCCCCACUGAGGGCAUGGGAUUUACAGACAGGGGGAUCAGAGGGGGACGGCGGCGGGCUCGACUCCAGCGGCCUGGCGGGUUCAGGGGACGAGCUGGAGAGACUGCUGAAUCUGGUGUCGCUCAGAGCCAGGAGAGCCACGCGGGUAAACAGAGCGUCGACUGGAUCUGAGCCCCCCACGGGCUGGGACGGCUUUCAAUAAGCACACGACGGAAGAAUAAAACAUGUAAUAUUCCUUUAUAGACUACCACCUGACAAACAAUUAAAAGAAAAUAUUACUCUGUAUGCUUUUAUUAUCCAGGUGCAAGAAAACACUAAUCUGUCCUCACAUCUCUUUUUGUCAACUGGAGGAAGAAGAGUUCUGGACUCACCUUCACCUUCACCUGUGCUUGGUAAGAGUUAGACGUCGAAGGCGGAUCGAUGCUGUGUCAUUUAUUAUUUAUAGAAUCACCGGCGCACAGCGUUUAAUAACAGGGGAAAUAUGAAAAGAGACGGCGGGUCUGCUUUUCAGGUCAUUAUACAGUGCUGUUUGUGUUUUGCAAUCUUCUGCCGCAUCACACACACACACACACACACACUGAGUUUGUUUUCACGUAGAGAGCAACCAAAUGUAUAAUUAGUGCAUAAAUAAUUGCGAGAACAAUGAAAUGAUUCGAUAAUGGUUAUCUUCCCGUGAUAGAGAAUGUGAGCCAGUGGUAAUUUUCUCGGAAAAUUACCCUCAGCAUGUGUCAGGAAAAGUAUAUAAAGCAUUAAUUGUGUGUGUGUGUGUGUGUGUGUGUGUCCAGAACAAUUGGAAUUAAAAAGGCGUUUGUCUGGUGAAAAUGUUGCAGCAGGUGAGUUUUAUCUCAACUAUAUGAGAUAAAUCGUCCCCCAUAAAACAUUUAAUCCUAUCGAGUCCGUCUUGUUACGCCCUCUUCUAUGUGUUUUUCUUUCCCCCUCCCGCCUGGAAUCUGGCACAUUCAUUUAGCACAGCUUACAGUCACUGAUGUCCUGGGAAGGUUGCGAAGGCGUUUAAAAAAAAUAGAAUAAAAGUCUCCUGGAUAUGAAGUGCACAAAUUGUGCUGUCACAAGUCAAGCAGUACAUUUUAUGUUUAAAGCCAUUUCGGAUGCUGUGGGGAGGGGGGAAACAACGAAAAGGUGUUGUGAUUGCGGCUUAGAUUAGCUCUGGCUGUCAACAGCUGAGGAGAUUUCAGUGUAAUCCUUUUUGUUUACCUCAGGGAGACGUUUCAUCUCUGCCUGAGAUGAAUAGUAUACAGUUUACUGUGUGCUCCGUCUGUUAGUUUGAGUUUAUACGGAAACAGAUCCGGUUAUGCGGUCGAAUUAUGCCGCCUGCGAAGGCGUCCGCCGCGCGUAAAUGGCACCCAGAAAAUUAUCGCAAAAGGUGACCAAUUAACAAACUCUGUCGUUGUUUCCUUCCCACCUUCCACAUAUAAACACUGCCAGGCCGUCUGUCUGCCAGAAUGCAUUCCCAUGGCAACAAGACCUGCCCCUGAUAGUGUGUGUGUGUGUGUAUAUUUGAGCCAAUUAAGGGGUAAAGAAGUGUAUAUAGCGUGUGUGUAAACUUAUCUGUUGUCUUUAUGACCUUUUCUGGCAUAAACACUGACCUUGUGACCUUUUUGAUAAAGUCACGUCACGGGGGGAGAGCAGCGUUGCCUGACUAGACUCCCAUCAGCGACUUUAUUAUUACAGGUACACCUGACAGACAGGAAGCAGUCAUUCAAAUAAACACUUUGUUUACAAACAAGGUGAACGUCCCUGAAUGCACAACCUGUUGGAGCUCAUCUGCUUCAAGGAGCAUGGAAACCACACGGGAUGCCACCCACUGCCACUUAUAGGUACAGUGGGUAAUUCAGUGCUAGGAUGAGUAUUUUAGAUGAUAAAUAUUUUUGAAACAUGUUAAUAAACCAUUUUAUGAUUCUGCGGCUGCAGCUGUAUUUUCA